CACGUUUUUUUGUUUUUUUUUGUAUGUUUUUUUCCAUCUUUAUGUCUAUCCUCUUCUCAUACGAGCCUCAAGGUGUCCUAUAUAUAACAUACUUCCUCGUGCAGCUUUUGUGUUACUUGAAUUUUGGAAACUUGAUCUGCUUUUGCUUUGUUAUUUCAUUAUCAGUACCCCUUUGGGUCGUAUACUGGUUACCUGAACUGUCUUUUUGCUCAUCUUUGAAGAACUAUUUUAAAGUUCCUUUUUUUUUUUUUUUAUACUUCUGCCUUUUCAUUCCUUUUAUAAAUCUCUCCAUUCUUUCUUCAAAGUAAAAUUCUGGGUUUGUUUUUUUGUUUUCAAUUGGGGACACAGAAAUUAAAGAACUGAUUGGGCUUUCCACUUGUGUUGCUGGUUCUCUUAGAUUUGAAGCUUUUUGGUUGGUGGAUCCCAAAUUCAUGAAUGCCCCCUUUUCUUCUACCAAUAAGUUUUGUUGCUGAACAAAUUAGCCCUGUCUGGCUAAGGUUUUUGAGUCUGUAGUGCUGGAUAAUUGAUCUUUGUAUAUUAUUUCAACUUGAGGAUCUUCAGUUUUACCUUUUUAUCAUUGGUGGCUUUCUCACAAAUCUAGUCUCCGAAGUUAGUGAUUUCGAAGAGGUGUGCUGUGUUAACUUUCCUGUUUGUUUCAUAUUCAAGUUCAAUUCUGGUUGUGGGUUUAUCUUUUACUGGAAGACAAACUUUGAGGUAGAUUCCUCGUAGGUGGUCUCAAGUUCAUUUGAAAAGAAUGAGUCAGCCUAAGAUCAAGCGCAGAGUUGGUAAAUACGAGGUGGGGAGGACAAUUGGUGAAGGUACAUUUGCAAAGGUGAAAUUUGCAAGGAACUCUGAGACAGGAGAACCUGUGGCUCUUAAAAUUCUUGACAAGGAGAAGGUGCUCAAGCACAAGAUGGCUGAGCAGAUCAGGAGAGAGGUGGCUACAAUGAAAUUAAUCAAGCAUCCAAAUGUCGUUCGAUUGUAUGAGGUGAUGGGAAGCAAGACAAAAAUAUAUAUUGUUUUGGAGUUUGUGACUGGUGGGGAGCUCUUUGACAAAAUUGUAAACCAUGGACGGAUGAGUGAAAGUGAAGCUCGUAGAUAUUUUCAACAGCUUAUAAAUGCUGUUGAUUAUUGCCACAGCAGGGGUGUCUACCACAGAGACCUGAAGCCAGAAAAUUUGCUCUUAGAUACUUAUGGGAACCUUAAAGUUUCCGACUUUGGAUUGAGUGCCCUCUCCCAGCAAGUUAGGGAUGAUGGGCUUCUCCAUACUACAUGUGGGACACCAAACUAUGUUGCUCCAGAGGUCCUUAAUGAUCGAGGCUAUGAUGGUGCAACUGCAGACUUGUGGUCAUGUGGGGUGAUUCUCUUUGUAUUGGUUGCAGGUUACUUACCUUUUGAUGACCCUAAUCUUAUGAACCUGUAUAAGAAAAUCUCAGCUGCUGAAUUUACUUGCCCCCCGUGGCUUUCUUUCAGUGCCAGGAAAUUGAUUACACGAAUCUUGGAUCCUGAUCCCACAACUCGUAUCACUAUACCUGAGAUUUUGGAUGAUGAAUGGUUUAAGAAAGAUUAUAAGCCUCCUGUUUUUGAGGAGAAUGGGGAAAUCAACCUUGAUGACGUUGAAGCUGUCUUUAAAGAUUCUGAAGAGCACCAUGUGACAGAGAAGAAAGAAGAGCAGCCAACAUCCAUGAAUGCGUUUGAGUUAAUUUCCAUGUCCAAAGGGCUGAACCUUGAAAACUUGUUUGAUACAGAGCAGGGGUUCAAAAGGGAAACAAGAUUCACAUCAAAGUCACCUGCAGAUGAGAUAAUCAACAAGAUUGAGGAGGCUGCAAAACCUCUUGGCUUUGAUGUGCAGAAGAAAAAUUACAAGAUGAGGCUUGCAAAUGUGAAAGCUGGAAGAAAGGGAAACCUUAAUGUUGCCACUGAGAUAUUUCAAGUGGCACCUUCUCUUCACAUGGUUGAGGUACGGAAGGCAAAAGGAGACACAUUGGAGUUCCAUAAGUUCUACAAGAAGCUUUCAACAAGCCUGGAUGAUGUUGUUUGGAAAACAGAAGAUGAUAUGCAAAUGAGAGAAACAAAUUGAUAUUGAUAUUGAUAUUAUUAUUAUUAUUAUUAUUAUCAAGUGUAAUUUUCUUCAUUUCUGAAGUUCUACUAUUUUCCAAUUUCUUCAUUCUUAUUUCCUCUUAGGUUCCUUCCUGUAGGUUUGUUCGGACAUUCCAUAGUACUCAUAAUGUAUCUUGUACCAUGCUAUUAUUUUUGAAAGCAUGCAAUGUAAGAAUUUUACUCAUCAACA